ACACCAGGGACUCGGUCAUCUCGCUCCACGAGGGCCGCGUGUACCAUCACUCAGCUCCUCACCACUUCUGCUACACCAACACACGUGUCCCACAAUGGCACGACAUCUGGACCAGGACACAGAUCCGAGUCAACAGCAGCCGGAUGAUCCGAGUCACCCAGGUGGACAGCGAGGAGGAACUGGAGGAGUUCAGUGUGUGGAACAUCAUCUUCUCCUUCCUGAGGGAGAAGCUGAACGACACCAGCAUCGAUGUGGAUCUCUACAGCAACAAAACCUGCCUGAAGGUCGAUCUGCUGGAGACCGGCACCACAUACUGCGUGGUCCUCUUCCGACGCUUUGAUCCUAAGCUGUUCCUGGUUUUCUUCCUGGGCCUGUUGUUGUUCUUCUGUGGGGACAUGCUGAGCAGGAGCCAAUUCUUCUACUACUCAGCCGGGAUUAGUUUUGGCUUGUUGGCCUCGCUGCUCAUCCUUGUCUACAUGAUGUCUAAGGUCAUGCCCAAGAAAAGUCCUGUUUACUUCCUGCUGGUAGGAGGCUGGUCCUUUUCCCUGUACCUGCUUCAGCUGAUCUUCAAGAACCUACGGGAGAUCUGCAAGUCCUACUGGCGGUACCUUCUAGGCUACCUGCUGCUCGUGGGCUUCGUCAGCUUCGGCGUGUGCUACAGGUACGGCCCGCUGGAGAACGAGCGCAGCAUCACCCUCCUCUCCUGGGCCCUGCAGCUCCUGGGCCUGUUGUUGAUGUACUCGGGCAUCCAGAUCCAUCCCAUCGCUUUGGCCUUGGUGGUCAUCGCCAUCUGCACCAAGAACCUGGACUACCCUGUGCAAUGGGCCUUCACUGCCUACAGGAGAAUGCAGAGUGCCAGGCUGGGGCCGAGCCCCCCUCGCCUGCUGACAGAGGAGGAGUACCGGCUCCAGGGGGAGGUGGAGACACGCAAGGCCCUUGAGGAGCUUCGAAGCCACUGCAGAAGCCCAGAUUUCUCUGCCUGGACUGCAGUCUCCCGCAUCCAGUCUCCCAAGAGGUUUGCUGACUUUGUGGGUGGUGCCUGUCACCUCACCCCCCAGGAGGUCUCUGUCCACGAGCAGGAGUACGGCCUGGGUGGCAUCUUCAUUGAGGAACAGCUCUUUGAGGAGGAGGAGGAUGAGGAUGAGGAUGAUGACUCACCCUUUGACAAGAAUCACAUGAGAUAUUCCCUGACCCACAACCACCUGGAUGCAGAUUGA